AACCACAAGGAGUGUGGAGUCAAGAACCAGUUUGAGCGGAGAAUAAUUCGAGGCGCGCGCUAUUGGCUCCCCGUCCUCAUCUGUCAAUCUGCGGAGGCGGGACUCUGUGCUCGCGCUCACAGGAGGCGAGAGAUGCGCGAGCUGUACUUUUCUACUGUGUUGGAGCGCUUCGCACUUCUCGAGCUCAGUCCGAGCGUCAAGUGAACGGCGUGCGGAAAGCGCAGUUGGACUUCAACCGAGGAGAAGUUAUCGAAGGAGCCUGUAGUAUUGAUUGCAGCAGCCUGCACCUGGAUAAGCACCAUCAUCAGCGCGCGGAGAAGCGAAAGAGCGAAGAAAGUGUGUUGACGGCAACCGGGCAGCUGUUAUAGAAGGAAGGCAAUAUGAUGGUGAAGCAGCAUAUGCUGUUUUCCCUGUACAGCAUCUGCGGGAUCAUCCUUAAAGAUAUUCUCGCCGUUUCAGUGGCGGCAACGAAAAACAAAGUGAGAGGAGCCCAAGGCCAGUUCCCUCUCGUCCAGAACAUGACUGUGACAGAAGGAGGGAUAGCCAACUUGACCUGCCGUGUGGAACACAAUGACAACACCUCCCUCCAGUGGUCAAACCCUGCACAACAGACACUCUUCUUUGGGGACAAGAAAGCGCUGAGAGAUAACCGGAUUGAGCUGGUCCGAGCCACGGCGCAGGAGUUGACGAUCAGCAUCAGCGAGGUCACGCUGGGAGACGAAGGGCUGUACACCUGCUCCCUCUUCACUAUGCCUGUCAAAACAGCCAAGGCUUUCCUCACCGUCCUGGGUGUGCCUAAGAAACCAGAGAUUAAUGGACUCACCAAGCCUGCAAAGGAGGGCGAUCACAUCACUCUGACCUGUGUGACCUCUGGCAGCAAACCUGCGGCUGAUGUCCGAUGGUUCAGAAAUGAGAAGGAGAUCAAAGGUGCCAAAGAGGUGAAUGCCAGUGGCAAGACAUUCACAGUGAAGAGUUCCCUGCGGCUCCAGGUGGACCGCCAGGAUGACGGUGUGGCCUACACUUGUAGAGUGGACCAUGUGGCCCUGACUGCCACCCACGAAGACACUACGCAGGUCUUGGAGGUCCACUAUGCUCCCAUUGUAAACAUCAUACACUCCGCAACCCUCCCACAGGAGGGGCAGUACCUGAAACUGGAAUGUGUACCUCAAGGAAACCCCUCGCCAGACCCAGUACGCUGGACUAAAGACGGAGGAGAGCUGCCAGACCUGGACCAUAUGAUUGUCGAAGGAAGAGAACUCACCUUCACGUCACUGAACAAAACAGAUAACGGCACCUACCGCUGUGAAGCCACCAAUCACCUCGGCACCAGUCAUGCUGAAUAUAAGCUGGUUAUUUAUGAUGCCCCCACCACACCGUCACCAUCCACAACCUCCCCUGCACCCACCCUCCCAGACACUACAGGUCCCUUAGACUCCAAGAAUCUCAAUUCUGCUGUCACCGGUAACAGAGAUCCUAACGCCCAGAAAAACGUGCCAGACCACGCUCUAAUCGGAGGAGUAGUCGCUGUUGUCGUUUUCGCAACUUUGUGCUUAAUUAUUGUAUUGGGACGCUACCUGGCACGGCAUAAAGGCACAUAUUUGACAAACGAGGCCAAAGGAGCGGAUGACGCCCCGGACGCAGACACAGCCAUCAUCAAUGCCGACGGCAACCACGCACAUGCAGAAGAAAAGAAAGAGUAUUUCAUUUAGACUGCAAGUGGCAUUGCGCUCCUCUCUCUCCUCUCAUUCCUUCCCUCCUUCCCUGCACAGUGUAGGAACUUCUUCAGACAGCAGCGGAAGCUUCUUCUCACACUUCUUUUCCUUUCUGUUUGUUGUUGUUGUUUUUUUCAUUUUUUUUUUUCAUUUCAGUUUGGUUUUCUUUCGCCUUUUUCAAUAACAGCUCACCUGCUACUUUUUUACGAGCAACUUAUUUGCUGAAGAUGUCACCUUUUGUAACCAUUAUAUAGCUGUAAAACACGCCCAAAGUAGUCCAAAAAUGUCUAAAUCUCCAAAUAUGAAAAAAAGAAAAGAAAAUUGUCUGCAGCCAUCUUUCAGUAAGGACUCACCCUUCAUCUUCUCACAGUGCCUAAAUAUACAGAUGUCCGCUGAAUUUCAGUCAAUGCCUUCGUUUGUCAGGCUUCUGAUUGGUUGCUUGCUUUUAUCUUCAGCGUUAUGAUUUUUAAAAAUGUUUUGUGGUCUGUUACUGUUUUAAUUCAUUUCUACUUUUGUUUUGGUUGUGAUUCAUGCUGAAUCCAUUUAUUGUGCUGUUUCUCCCAAAAAAAAAAAGAUGUACAGUAGUAAAAAAUAUACUCAGACUUGAAGUGAGGGAGGUUCCCUUUUUAUUCUACAGAUUUUUAGGUGUUAAUAAUGUUAUCGGUACGUAGAGACGCUCCAUUCUCCAAAAGACCAUUACAUGAUGUGAAACUGACAGCUCACACUAUGGCUAAAAUCAGUAUUUUGUACUUGAACUGUAGAUAUUGGUACGUAAAUGAAUAGCUCCACAGAAGGUCUCAGUGUGUUCCACCGAAAAUCACCUUGUGUUUUUAAAAAUUAGGAUAAGCAGUUAGGUUAACCAGCUCUGGUUACCAAAUAAACCAUAGCGGGUUAGUGAUAUAGCAACCAGGCAAAGAAAGAAAG